UCCAAAACUGGGUCCCUUCUUCUUCAUCAUCCUCUCCACCUAUCCAUCCAUCCUCUCUCUUUCUAGUUGAAGAUCAAGAUAUCACGACUCUCCAGAAAAAUCUGAUCUUCCGCCCAACAAUCCAAGCUUUCCCCGGCUUCUUGGGAGGUUUUCUUGGUGGGUUUUCCCCCGGAGACGCGACAAUGUCGAAGCAGACCUACAGAGUGUGCUUCUGCUUCCGGCGGAAGUUCCGGCUGACGGUGUCGGAGGCGCCGGAGGAUGUGAAGAACCUUUUCCGGGAGUACUCCGAGAAUGGGAUCAUGACCGUUGACCAGCUCCACCGAUUCUUGGUUGAGGUACAAGGGGAGGAGAAUGCUACCAAGGAGGACGCUCAGGCCAUCAUCGACAAGCUCCGUGAGCAGCGCCAUCUCAACAUCUUCCAUAGGAAGGGCGUCACCCUUGAGGCCUUCUUCUGGUACCUCUUCGGUGAUAUCAACCCUCCGCUGUCUCCUGAGCUCGGGGUCCAUCAAGAUAUGAACGCUCCCCUGUCGCAUUAUUUCAUAUACACUGGCCACAAUUCGUAUCUAACAGGCAAUCAACUUAGCAGUGAUUGCAGUGACGCCCCUAUCAUAACUGCCCUCGAGAGAGGGGUCAGAGUGAUCGAAUUAGAUAUAUGGCCAAAUUCCGACAAAAAUGAUAUCCAUGUUCUUCAUGGAAGGACUUUAACUACCCCAGUGGAACUCAUCAAGUGCUUUAGGUCUAUUAAGGAACAUGCAUUCGUUACCUCUGAGUAUCCAGUUGUUAUUACUUUGGAAGAUCACCUCACUGCAGAUCUCCAGGCAAAAGUGGCCGAGAUGGUCACCCAAACAUUUGGAGAUGUUCUGUUUACUCCUGACGCAGAUUGCUUAAAGGAAUUUCCUUCCCCUGAGUCACUGAAGAGACGGGUCAUCAUAUCGACCAAACCACCAAAAGAGUACCUUGAGGCGAAAGAAGUUACUGAAAAGGAAAGUGAUGCACGGAAGGGAAAGGAUUCACAGCCUGAUGAAGAGGCUUGGGGGAAAGAAGUGCCAAAUAUCAAAGGGGAUGCUACAGUUGAUGACAAGGAUGACAUAGGUGCGGAUGACAAGGAUGACGAGGAAGAUGAUAACGAUGUGGACAAAGCUAACCAAAAAGUGGCACCGGAGUAUAAGCGCUUGAUUGCUAUUCAUGCGGGAAAGCCCAAAGGGGGAUUAGAUGAAUGUCUGCAUGUGGACCCCAACAAAGUUCGGCGCCUUAGCUUAAGUGAGCAACAGCUCGAGAAAGCUAUCAUUACUCAUGGAAAACAAAUUGUCAGGUUCACCCAGAGGAAUAUACUCAGGGUUUACCCAAAAGGUGUUCGCAUUGAUUCCUCAAAUUACAAUCCGCUUAUUGGGUGGUCCCAUGGAGCACAGAUGGUUGCGUUUAAUAUGCAGGGAUAUGGAAGAUCUCUGUGGUUGAUGCAAGGCAUGUUCAGGGCCAAUGGUGGGUGUGGCUAUAUCAAGAAACCCGAUUUUCUGUUGAAGCCUGGCUCAGAUAACGAGAUCUUUGACCCCGAUACUAGUCUACCUGUGAAGACAACUUUGAAGGUCACUGUAUAUAUGGGGGAAGGCUGGUAUUACGAUUUUAAGCACACGCACUUUGAUUUGUAUUCUCCUCCAGAUUUUUAUGCUAGGAUCGGGAUUGCUGGAGUCCCUGCUGAUACUAUAAUGAAGAAGACAAAGACGUUGGAGGACGACUGGACCCCUACUUGGAAUGAGGUGUUUGAGUUCCCAUUAACUGUUCCUGAGCUUGCUCUGCUUCGUGUGGAAGUUCACGAGUAUGACAUGUCCGAGAAGGACGACUUUGGGGGCCAAACUUGCCUGCCUGUAUGGGAAUUAAGGAAGGGCAUCAGGGCGGUUCCACUCCACAGCCGAAAGGGAGAGAAGUACCAGUCGGUUAAACUUCUCAUGCGAUUUGAUUUUGUUUAGUUCGAUUUAUGAGCCCGAGAGACGAGACGAGACGAGAUGCCUAUGUAAAUCUUUGUGUGCAUGCUUGGAUUUGAUCGUUGCUGUGAGUAUGUAAGUAUCUGUAUCACUUGUGUGCUGUUUGCCUGUAUCAUUCACAGUGGUUUGGCCCCGAGAUUUCUUUGUUGUAAGAUGAGAUUGAGAAACGAUUAUAUUUGCCUUGAUAAAAGAAGUUAAUUUUGUAUAGAAA